GCAAGCCCGCUGCCACGGAGAGAGGAUGGCCAGCAGGAAGGCGGGGACCCGGGGCAAGGCUGCGGCCACCAAGCAGGCCCAACGAGGCUCUUCCAAUGUGUUCUCCAUGUUUGAGCAAGCCCAGAUCCAGGAGUUUAAGGAAGCCUUCAGCUGCAUCGACCAGAACCGUGAUGGCAUCAUCUGCAAGUCAGACCUUCGGGAGACAUACUCCCAGCUGGGGAAGGUGAGCGUUCCGGAAGAGGAGCUGGACGCCAUGCUGCAGGAGGGGAAGGGCCCCAUCAACUUCACCGUCUUCCUCACGCUCUUCGGGGAGAAGCUGAACGGGACGGACCCCGAGGAAGCCAUCCUGAGCGCCUUCCGCAUGUUCGACCCCAAUGGCAAGGGUGUGGUGAACAAGGAUGAGUUCAAGCAGCUUCUCCUGACCCAGGCAGACAAGUUCUCUCUGGCUGAGGUGGAGCAGAUGUUCGCCCUGACACCCAUGGACCUGGCGGGGGACAUUGACUACAAGUCUCUGUGCUACAUCAUCACCCACGGGGACGAGAAGGAGGAGUGAGCUCGGUGCAGCUGCGACUUGG